GAAUGUUCGGUUCUUUGUCGUAGGCUGACCACACUUGCGGCUUUUGACUUCGACAGUUCACCCACUCAUUGAGGCAGUACAGCCAUCCCCAUAAAUCAUCAACUCGACCCUGAUCUCGACCGGUUUCUGCAUUUAAACUGCUCCAUUCCUCCGUGCCUCUCAUGCCAGCAUGAGAACGAGGUGGUCGGUGUUGGCCAUUUUCAUCCAGAUACGCCCGUGCCAUACCCAUAUCGUACAUGACCACGAUAUUAUUUUCGUACAUUCCGACGUUUUCGGGCUUGAUGUCACGAUGGAUAAAGCCACAUUGAUGCAUGUCGUAGAUUGCCUUCAGCAGUUGUAAGCCGUACUCGAUGA